AUGAAGUCCCAUACUAUCCUGAGCCUGCUGCUAGCAAGUGCCUCAACGCACGUUGCAGUUGCUCAAAACGUCAGCCCGGAGGAGUUUUGCAAACAGGCGGGACCAAACUAUGUCCCUGCCUACGAGCCAGAUGGUUCGUUCGACGGAAACUGCAAGAUCCAGGAUGGGAAAAUCUGCCUUGGGACCGAGUACAAAGCUCCAAAAGGAGGAAGCCUAUGCUGCGAGGGCGGUAGCGUCAUGGCGAUUGACUCCGCGACUAAAGAUGCAGAUUGCUGCCCGCCAGGCAAGAUCUAUUCGAAGCGAGCCUGUAUCAAUCCUCCGCCUCCUCCUGUUCCUCAAAUCACAUGCCCAGGCUCCAAUGGGCAGUGGGUUACGAAGAAUGGGGUGAGAUUUCAGGUCUGGUGCCAGCGUAAUAUCAUCGAGUACACCGACCCCUUGGACUGGAGUGGCAAAUUCUCCGCAGUCAUGAACAUGAACAAGCGAGGGUCAGCGACCUUCCAAGACUGUCUCGACGCAUGCGCGGCUGAUAAGAAGUGCCAGGGCACGAACUGGUGGUAUGGAAAAGGGAUGUGUGGCCUGAACAAUAAGCAGCAGGGUGGCAGCUGGUUCAGCCGUGGAGGUGACUACAAGAACCCUCCGGAUGUUGCAUGGAUGGACCGAAGAGUCAUAGCUGCGGUAGCUGUUCCCAAGCGGUAA